CAGAGAGAUGGAGGACAAUAAGCUGCUCCUGGCCGUGUCCGUGGCCGUGCUGCUCGUCGUCCUCUGCUGGAGGCUCAUCAGGCCAUCACUCGCCACGAAGCCGAAGCUCAACCUGCCUCCCGGCCCGUGGACGCUGCCGGUGAUCGGCAGCCUCCACCACCUCGUCAGCAGCCCGCUGCUCUUCCGGGUCCUGCGCGGGCUCGCGGAGAAGCACGGCCCGCUCAUGAUGGUCCGCCUCGGCGAGGUGCCCGCGCUGGUGGCGUCGUCGGUGGAGGCCGCGCAGGCCAUCCUGAAGACGCACGACCUCUCCUUCGCCGACCGGUUCACGCCGGUCACCUUCGCGACGGUCGCCUACGGCGGCACCGACCUGAUACUAUCGCCCUACGGCGAGCGGUGGCGCCAGCUCCGCAAGAUCGUCGUGCAGGAGAUGCUCACCGCCACCCGGGUGAAGACCUACAAGCACAUCCGCCAGGAGGAGGUGGCGCGGUUCCUGCGGGUCAUGGCCGCGUCCGCCGCCGCUGGCACCGCGGUGGACUUCUCCAGGGGGUUCUCCAAGUUCAUCAAUGACGCCUUCGUGAGGGAGUGCGUCGGCAGCCGGUGCAAAUACCAGGACGAGUACCUCGACGCCGUCCACAAGGCGACUCAACUGGCGUCUGGGGUAACCCUCGCCGACAUCUACCCGUCUUCCAGGAUCAUGCAGAUGCUAGCCACGGCACCGCGCAAGGCUCUCGCUUGCCGCCGAAGGUUCGACCGCAUACUCAAGGACAUCAUCCAGGAGAGCAAGGAAGCCAUGGAGUGCGGCGACAAGACAGCCCACGAGAGCUUCGUUGGCGUCCUGCUCAGGCUCCAGAAGGAGGGCAGCACGCCCAUCCCGCUCACCAAUGAAACCAUCAUGGCUCUCAUGUUUGACAUGCUAGCUGCGGGCAGCGACACCUCCUCGACCACGCUGAACUGGGCCAUGACAGAACUGAUCCGGAACCCGGCUGCGAUGGCCAGGGCUCAGGCUGAGGUGCGAGAAACCUUCAAAGGGAAGAGCAUCAUCACCGAGGAUGACAUCGCCGAGUCCGGGAUCAGCUACCUCAAGCUAGUGUUCAAAGAAACCCUCAGGCUGCAUCCUACUUCACCGCUCCUGAUCCCACGUCAGUGUCGCGAGACAUGCCAAGUCAUGGGCUACGAUAUCCCCAAGGGCACAACCGUCUUCGUGAACAUAUGGGCGAUUGGUAGGAACCCUUUAUACUGGGGCGAUGAUGCUGAGGAGUUUAAGCCAGAACGGUUUGAGGCCAACAACCUAGAUUUCCGAGGGACCAACUUUGAGUUCAUCCCGUUUGGCGCUGGCCGUCGCAUGUGCCCAGGCAUCAACCUUGGGCUGGCCAACAUGGAGCUUGCACUGGCGAGCCUUCUCUACCACUUUGAUUGGAAGCUUCCCAAGGGAACGGAGCCUAAGGAUGUCGAAGUGAUGGAGGCUGUAGGAAUAAAUGGAAGUAAGGCAACCAGCCUUCUGCUGCACCCCGUUACUUUCAUCCCUCCAGCUGUGGAGUAGUUAAGUUACUCAUACUAAAAUGGUGCAUAAAGAAGUUGUACGGCAAGAAUCAUGCAUGCGUGCAGUCUAUAUUAAGUGUUAUACCUGUAUAGCUGUAUUACAUACUCGCAAUCAUUGUUAUGUAAAUCUUAUGCAUUCCGGGUGUAAAAACUAAUUGCAUA